GGCGUGGCAGGAAAGCGUCUCCCUGAAGGAGCUGCAGCGCAGAGGCGUCUGUUUGCUAAAACUCCAAGCUGCCAACCAGAGAACCGGCCUCUACGGACGGCUGCUUGUGACGUUUCAGCCCAGAAAAUACGAUUCAGAUGCCGAGCUGCCCUAUAACAGUUUUGGGCCUGGGGACAUCGUGGGCCUUUACGAUUCCGCUGGCCAGGGCGAUCCGCUCUCCACAGGCAUCGUCACGCGCGUCACCUCCAGAGCAGUGACUGUUGCCUUUGAGGAAUCCCGUGAUGGCCUGCUGAGCGUGGACCGAGACGGCUCCUACCGCCUGCUGAAGUUGGCCAACGACGUCACCUACAACAGGCUGAAAAAGGCUUUAAAUGCACUCAAGCAGUAUCGUGGUGGUCCAGCCUCAGAUCUCAUCGACAUCCUCUUCUUUUCUUCUGAUCCGAGCGCAUUUGGUGAAACAAAGCCUCUAAAACUUUACAACGAUUCGCUGGACGCAUCGCAGAGGGAGGCUGUCUCCUUCUCACUGGCACAGAGGGAACUUGCCAUCGUCCACGGACCUCCUGGCACAGGGAAGACCACAACGAUAGUGGAGAUCAUCUUGCAAGCCGUGCAGCAAGGCCUGAGAGUCCUGUGCUGCGCCCCUUCGAACGUCGCUGUGGACAAUCUGGUGGAAAGGCUGGCUGGCUACAAAGCCCUGGCUGGUUACAAAGCCCGCAUCCUGCGGCUGGGGCACCCUGCUCGCCUGCUCGAGCCCAUCCAGCAGCACUCCCUGGACGCAGUCCUGGCCCGCGGGGACAACGCCCAGAUAGUGGCAGAUAUCAGGAAGGACAUCGACCAAGCCUUCGCAAAAACGAAAAAGACUCAAGACAAGGGAGAGCGGGCCCAUUUCCUCAGUGAGAUUAAAGCGCUGAGAAAGGAGCUGAAGGAACGAGAAGAAACUGCCAUGGCUGCAGCCCUUACCCGUGCCAGCGUUGUCCUUGCUACAAAUACAGGUGCUUCCUCAGAUGGUCCACUGAAGCUGCUGCCUGAAAAUCAUUUUGAUCUGGUGGUAAUAGAUGAGUGUGCUCAGGCCCUGGAAGCCAGUUGCUGGAUACCUCUGCUGAAGGCUCCAAAAUGCGUCCUGGCUGGGCUCCUCGCCCAGAGCAGACGUCCAGGCUCCACUGCUGACUCGCUUUCCCCACGCAGGGCUGCUGCCGAGGGCCUUUCGCUCAGCUUGAUGGAGCGGCUCAUCGAGCGGUACGGGGAGCAGGUUGUGAAGAUGCUGACGGUGCAGUACCGCAUGCACGAGGCCAUCAUGCAGUGGGCUUCCACGGAGAUGUACGGCGGCCGGCUCACUGCUCACCCGUCAGUGGCCCUUCAUUUGCUCAAGGACCUGCCAGGCGUCACCUCCACAGAAGAGACCACGAUUCCCUUGCUGCUCAUCGACACUGCUGGCUGUGGCCUCUUUGAGCUGGAGGUGGAAGAUGAACAGUCUAAGGGGAAUCCAGGGGAGGUGCAGCUGGCCGGUUUGCACGUCCAAGCCUUGGUGGAAGCUGGUGUGAAGGCAAAAGACAUCGCUGUCGUAGCCCCUUACAACCUCCAGGUGGACAUGCUAAGAGAGCACCUUUGCCACAGGUACCCAGAACUGGAAAUUAAAUCAGUCGAUGGUUUCCAGGGACGAGAGAAGGAGGCUGUGAUCCUGUCCUUUGUGAGAUCCAACAGGAAAGGCGAGGUGGGCUUUCUGGCAGAAGACCGGCGGA